UGCUGGGCUGACACGUAACUAAAGUUAAAGGUGCUGCGAAGGCCUCGGCUACGACUUCAACAUUGACUUUUCUACGCGUUUGACCUAUUGUCUGAGAAGGGGAAAAAUCCGACAACACGAAACGAGGGCGGCGGAAGCGGUGCGCGCAUCCUGUGUGCGGUCUGUAGUCAGUCAGAAGUGGGUUUUCAACGUGAAGAAGUUGGCGAAAACCUGAGCGGAUACUUUGAAGUCAUUCUGCAAGUCGUGAGAGAGCCAUGUAUGCAUAAAUAAUGUAAACCACUGCAUGUGACUGACUUUAUUGCAAGUUUGACCGCGGGAAUGCCCGGGGAAAGAGGAUAGCGGUCUCCUCAGGCUUGUCCGUGCGUGCGUGGAAAAAGUUGCGAGGGAAGUUUCUGAGGAGCAGCAGCAGAGACGGGGCUGAAAGGCGCAGACGGCGGAGGGGAAGGGUGGGGGUCCAACAUGGGCAACGGGGUGUGCUCCCGGAGGCAGCGGAGGAUCUUCCAGUGCCUGCUCCUGCUGACCGUGGUGUGUGGCAUGAUGUACGGCGCCCUGAUUUCAUACGAGAUGCACAAACAGCUCAAGAGGACCGAGGCCAUGGCGCUCAAGUAUCAGCAGCACCAGGAGUCACUGUCCGCGCAGCUCCAAGUGGUGUACGAGCACAGAUCCAGGUUGGAAAAAUCUCUUCAGAAGGAGAGGUUAGAACAUAAAAAAGCCAAAGAAGAUUUUCUUGUGUACAAACUUGAAGCACAGCAGAGCAUAAAUAAGGAAAAGUCAGAUGCCAACAGCAGAUUAAACUCUUUACAAGUACAACACCAGAUGUUAAAGAAUCAGCAUGAGGACCUGAAGAAGCAGUACUACGACCUGCAGGAGAAGCACCAGUUGCAGGGGGAGGACCACAGCCGGCUCCUGGAUGAACACAAAGACCGUUACGACAAACUGCACCAGGCCAGAGAGCAGGAGGUCUCACAGCUCAAAGAAAGUAUGUAUAACCUGAGAGAGGAGAAUAAGCAGUUGAGAAAGGCCCACCAUGACAUCCACACACAGCUCCAGGAUGCACAGGUUCAACACAACAACUUGAAGGCAGCUCAUGAUCAGCUUGCACUGACUCUGGAGGACCACAAGAGUGCGCUGGCUGCAGCUCAGGUCCAAGUGGAUCACUACAAACAGCUGAGCCUCCUAAAACUGUCUGAAAAUGCCCCGGCUCUGCCCCACCAAGCAGCUGCCGGUGCACCUGCCUCGCACGUGGAGCCUGACCCGCACAAACCGAGAGAGGAGGAGGAGAGGCAGCAUCAAGUCCAGCCUGCGGAGGUGUCCAAGCUGGAUCAUCAAGAAGAUGAGCCACACGCCCAUGCCCCAGAGGCCUUGUCCCACCCCACUGAACCCCACCACGCACAGACUCUGACGGAGGAGAAGAAGGUGGAGGAGAAGGUGGAUGCAGAGGAGGACCAGGAGGGGGAGGCAGAGAGGCGCAGGGAGCUGGCAGAGGAGCACAUGGCCCAGGCCGGACAGCCCCAAAAACUGGAGGAGGACCAAGAGGAGGAGGAGGGGCCAGAGCAGGAGCUACCUGACGAGAACGCCAUAGAACACCAGCAGUCACACAGGGAGUCUCAAUCAGACCUUCACAAGGACGCCCAGCCUCUGCCCGGUGCCCAGGCCCCGGUGGAGCAUGUCAAGUCUGCCUACGAACAGCAGCAGGAGCAGCAGCGUCUGGAGGCUCAGCGGGCCGAGCAGCACAGACAGAUUCAGCUGAAACAGGAGCAAAUGCUGGCGGAGCAAGGGCGCGUGAUGAGGGAGAGGGAGCAGAGGCUGAGAGACGAGCAGGAGAGAGAGAAUCAACAGCACCGCGAGGCAGAUCGAAGAGAGCAGAUACUCAGAGAGGAGCAGCACAGGAAAAAGUCUGAGUAUGAAAAUCUGGACAAUGACAUAGUGCAGGGUGAAGUGGAGCAUCGCAACAAUGACGAAGAAGAAGAUGUCCAUAUGCUGCAUGAAGAUGAGGAGGGGCAAGAAAAUGAAGACCACAGAGUCCCUUCACAUCAACAGGUGGCAGUAGACGUGGAGCCCGACCCUGAAGAUGACCCCAAUAACCAGGGCGAGGAUGAGUUUGAGGAGGCGGAGGAUGAGAGGGUGCAGCACAGAGAGCCAGAGGAGGGGGUGGAGGAGGACGAGGAGGAGCCCGCCGCCCGAUCCCAGCACAGAGACACUCACCCCGGGCACGAGCAGCCUGUGGUGGAGGAGGAGCUGGUGAUGGCAGGAAACCCAGAUCAACAAGAAGACACACUAGACGAUCAGUAUCAAGAGGAAGGAGAGGAUGAGCAGGGGCAGGAGGAGCUGGCCGAUGGUGGAGCAAAGCGAGAAGAAGAGCCAGAGGAGGAAGGCGAAGACACAUAUAAUGAGGACAACAUAGAACAGGAUGAGGAGAAAAACCAAGAGGAACCCAGAAAGGAGCACGGCCACCCGAACAACGAGGAGGAGAACUACGAGGAGGAGGAAGAGGAGGUAGAAGAGGACAACGCUGGACGGGACAAGCCCAGACGAAGAGCUGAGAUGUAGGACACUGGGAGGGCGUCUGUUGGACACGUGUGAGACAGUGGACAAGGACAUCCCAUUGUGCCUUUAAACGUACCACGCGCUGUCAGAGAAGCAGCCAAUCACGAGAGUCACUGUGCCUUAAAGCAACACGUCUUUUCAAAUCUUCAGUGAAUAUAUUUUCUUACACUGACGAAAUAUUUUUAGUCAUUUCAACUUUCAACGCAAUUUUGGAUAGAGGCCUGUCUGGAUUUGAAAAGCGCACAAGCAGGCUGCGAAUGUACUUUGGUUUUUUUGAGUUUUGUAAAAGAAAAAGUUAAAUUAUGUUAUGUCCGAAUGUUUGUCCGAAUGUGUCAAAAUGGCGGAGUCAUUCCAAUCAAGUCUUUGUUAUUUAUUUUUGAUUGGUCAACACUGACAAUCAUAAAAAACACUAGUAUUUUCUAGCCUUUUUUCUAUUUCAGAUUUUUGUAUUCAUAGUCAGAGAACACAAGGUCUAGUAGUAGCAGUUUACAUGAUUGCCAAACCUAAAGCAGUCUUCUGUAAUUUUAGCCUACUGUACAAUGUAUAGUGAAUAUAAUGCUGGUUGUUUGUACAUUUCUAUAGUUUAUAUGUUUUUUUAUGUGUCUGGAUGUUUGUUACUGGAACAAAAUGUGGAAUAAAUAC